AUGAGCGAGUCCAAUAGGCUGUACGGUAAAUCACCGUCGCCUAAUGCACACCACCGCCGCGGAUAUCAGGCCUGUGAUCCAUGUCGGAAACGCAAGGUCAAGUGCGACCUAGGAAGCGUUGAUAACCCACGUCCCCCACCAUGUGUUCGGUGUCGGCGCGAAAGCAAACGAUGCGAAUUUUCAGCUACUCGCCGCAAGCGCAAGGGCUCCGAUGCUCUCGAGGAACCUGAAGAACCAGUCAUUCUGCACCGCGACAAGCGGAUGAUGAUCGGGGAAGUCGCCAAGGUCGAAGGCACCAGUGAAGGUCCUUCAUUCUCACCCUCUGAGCCACCCCAGUUCGAGCCCGAAGCCGUGCGCGCUCAGCAGAGAUGGCCCGACGCAACCCCCGCACCUGCAACCCAGCAGUACACACCCAGCGCCCCGAUCUCUCGUGUUCCCACGUAUCCCCUCGACCGCGCACCAGCACCUAGCUAUGGAGGACCGCCAAUGAUGAACCGCACGGCGGUGGAGCUGCUAUCGCCCGCAAUUACGAACACGCAUGAUGCUUUGCAUCUGCUUUCCGAAGCUGCGGGAAGGACCGAGGAUCUCAACCGUCAGAGCUUGGAGAAUCGCUUGGCUGCACGGCAGUCGGUGUCUUCGUUCAACUCGGGGCCUUCGCCUUUGCCUCAAGGUAGCUCACCGCGAAGCUUGGGUGGUUCGUUUGUGCGGACUCCCCGCUCAGGAAUGUCCAUGGGAGGUUCUACUUACUACCCGGCUGGAGCCUCAGGGCCUGUAGAUCCUCAGAUCGUGGACCCGGGUCCUCAAAGGGAAAGUCCCGUCAAUAAGCCCCAGGAGCAAGACUAUCGGGAUGCAAUUCGGGCAUGGUCACGGCUGCGAUUUGUUCGCGCUGGAUGGCUUACUGUGGAAGAGGGUAUGGACUAUGUAGCGUACUAUUAUGAAAAUCUGGCGCCAAUGAGCCCAGUGGUGAUUCCGGAUUUCUCUCAUCCGUCCACCCAUCGCACAUUGCUCACGGAUGAGCCGGUGCUUGCAGUCACGAUCCUCACGAUCGCCUCGCGACAUCUGAAGCCGAAAGGUGACGGUGCCAACACACGGGCGUUUUACAUCCAUGAUCGUCUCUGGGCAUAUUUGCGCAGUAUGAUUGAACGUCUAUUUUGGGGACAAGAAAAAUUCGAUGCUGGACUGGUAGGCAUUGGCCGGCCGAGGUCGCUUGACUUGGGUGCCCCGGCAUCAGGAGGCAAGUCUGGCGCAAAAGGACAAUUGAGAUCCUUAGGUACCGUUGAAGCUAUGCUACUGCUUACAGAGUGGCACCCGCGAAAUCUACACUUCCCACCCGGUGAUGAUGAGAAUUCUCUUUUGGAUACGGAUGCUCAGACACAGGGUCGAGGUGAUAACCUUGACCAUGAUGAAAAUACUGGAACCCGAGGUGCAGAAGGACGAGUCGCUUUUCAAAAAUGGCUGGAACCAGCCUGGCGCUCCGAUCGGAUGUCAUGGAUGCUUUUGAGCACGGCGCAAGCUCUGGCUUUCGAACUGGGUGUUUUCGAUCCAAAGGGAGACCCAAAAGGCGCCAACGAGCCUCCGGGUGAACAAACUCGUAAACGCAGACUGCGCCGAUUGAUUCUCGUGUUCAUUACACACAGCAGCGGUCGUCUAGGCAUUCCGUCUAUGCUUCCGUUGCCUCAAUGGGGACAGGAUAUCACGCCGAGUCCCACUGAUGCACAGGAUGGUGAUACUCAUAUCGAUCAGAUGCAAGACUGCUGGAUUAGCGUUUCCAAAAUUGUCUACCAGGCCAACCAUCUGUUGUUCGCGUCUAGUGAUCAAACGAUGGAACUGAUUCGCACGGGACGGUACCGUGAUCAAAUCGAUCGAUUCCAGCCAUAUCUACACGAGUUCAGGCAACAACUUGAUAGUGUUCCCAACUUGUCGCCGGCUAUGCGAAGUGUUUUGCUGAUUGAAGUGGAGUAUACUCGUCUCUACAUCAACUCUCUUGCACUGCAGGCUGUUGUUGACCGAUGGACUACUAUGUCCAAUGAGUCUGCUCAAUCUCAAGCGGGACGGCCAGCUUCCGGUCCAUCCAAUAGCGGUGGCUGGUUCCAGACAUUGAUGGAGCUCUACCGCGUCAAUGAACAUUACAUCCAGGAAGUUAUUGAUUCCUCCCGCAAAAUUUUAACGACAGUUUUGGAAGGCCUUGUUCCGGAAGGCCGACUUAGACAUGCGCCCAUUCGAACCUUUUUCCGGAUCUUGUCUGGCAUGAUUUUCAUCUUGAAGACCUUCACACUAGGCGCUCGAGAAGAUGACGUGCGAGUCUCCUUGGACCUGCAAGACCGGACGGUGGAGGCCCUACGUCUUUACGUCGUAGAUGACGUGCACCUGAGCAACACCGUAGCGCGACUACUAGAGCUUCUCACAAGCAGCAUCCGCACCCGCUUCCUCCGAUUCGCACCCAAUGACCGCGGCGUGGAUGGCGAUGGCCACGACCGCACCUCAGUCCCCGGCUCUCGAGCCCAUUCCCCGCCGCGCGAGAGCACAUCUCGCCGCGACGGCCCGCACACCGGCUGGUCCGCAACCCCCGGUCAAGAUACAACACCAAGCGGGGCGGGUCUAGGGUAUGUCGACAAUGCAGGGCACCCGAUGGGUUCAGGUCACGACCCACUGGCAAAUAUCCCUGCGCAGCCAAUUAAUUCGUCCAACCAUAACGUUUCCUUCAUGCCCCCUCCACCAUCCGUCUACUACAACUACUAUGACUCGAAUUCUGGUCUUCCGAACGACAUGGACAGAUCAUCGCCGAACCAUGUCCCCUCUUCCCAGCCCAUGAGCGACAAUCAUGCGAACUCCGGCGCUCUUCCGGAUUGGUUCGCCUUGCCCCUGGAUCAAUUCUUUAAUAGCUCCACAGGAGUUGUUGACCAGGGUCUUGGGGGAACGGGGCCUAUGCUUGGCGAGUUUGAUAUGCUUGAGGUGCUGCUUAACGAGGGCUACGAUGGGAAUACGAACGCGAAUGGGGAGGGCGAAUCGGGUGGACUUUCAUCUCAGUACCUGCCUUCAUGA